GUUUUAGUUGAACUAUUAAUGAAGCCUCUGAGUGUGGGAGUGGGGACGGGAGAGAGCUACCAAACACUCUCCUUCUGUAAGAGGGGGUUGACAAGAAGAGGAGAGGCUGCCAAGAGAUGGACUUGAGUAGGAGGAGACUGCUCUAGCGACAGCCAGCCUUGAAUGUCAUUCUCUCAAAAGGAAUAUGACAAGUCUGAAGACAUACCUGAGGAGGUAGCUACAGCGGGACAGGUGUGUUCCCAUGGAUGAUUCAAGCCUGUCCAGCACUAUUGACGUAGACAAAGGCUUUGCCAUUGCCUUUGUCGUUCUUCUGUUUCUUUUCCUAAUAGUGAUGAUUGUUCGAUGUGUCAAGUUGGUGAAGAAUCCCUAUGAGGCCAGUUCACAUGAGAACCAUCUCUGAGCUGAAUUAUGAAAAAGCCUGGUAGACUCCCCGUCACAGGAGAUUUGAAAUCUUUUAUACAGACUAUUGUGAUCCAGAUUCUAUAUUAUUUUUCCUCCCUGUGUCUCAGUCCUCUCACUCCUGCAUUCCACAAUAGGCACAGAAGUGUGAAUUAGGAAUAAUAAAAAGGAUGAAACACAAGCCAGUUUGCAUUGUUCCUGUUCAGGGAAAUGGUUACAAAAGUGGGACAGAGACAGGUUGAACUCACUCAUUAAAAUAAGGCAAUGGGUGGCAAUGAUAAAUCAAUAAGGGAUUUUUAUCCAAAUUUUACAAAGAAAUCAAUACCCCAAAAAAUAUCCAGUUAAAAAUGGGCAGAGGACCUGAAUAUACACCUAUCUGAAGAGGACAUACAGAUGGCCAAUAGACAUAUUAAAAGAUGC